CGGCUGUUAAUGGCGAUGUGAAGAUUUCGGUCGGAGGUUUUGAAGCUGAAAGAGCGGUGGCUGAUCACGCAAUGGAGGAGAAUGUGGAAGACUUGUCGCAGCGAGCGCAGUGGCUUCGCGCGGCGGUGCUGGGCGCCAACGACGGGCUCGUCUCGACCGCGUCGCUGAUGAUGGGCGUCGGCGCGGUGAAGGACGACGCGAAGGCGAUGGUGCUUUCGGGGUUCGCGGGGAUGGUGGGCGGCGCGUGCAGCAUGGCCAUCGGUGAGUUCGUGUCGGUGUACUCGCAGGUGGACAUCGAGGUGGCGGCGCAGAAGAGGAGGGAGAAGCAGAGGGCGGCGGCGGCAGGAGAGGAGGAGGAGGAGGAGGUCCGGCCGGGGAAGCUGCCGAGCCCGUUGCAGGCUGCAGCAGCGUCGGCGCUGGCGUUCUCUGUGGGGGCGGUGGUGCCACUGCUCGCGGCGGGGUUCAUCGGGAACUACAAAGUUAGGCUAGGCGUGGUUGCGGCGGCGGCAAGCGCAGCUCUGGUGGGGUUCGGCGGCGCGGGGGCGGCGCUUGGACGGGCGCCGGUGGCGAGAUCGUGCACGAGGGUGGUGGCGGGAGGGUGGGCAGCCAUGGCCGUGACGUUUGGGCUGAUGAAGCUCGUCGGCGGCAAGCCACUUUGA